GUUCUGUGGGCGCCCAUUGAAGCUCUUCUCUUCUCGUACACUCCGUCCUCCCUCAAGUCGCGAGUCAAAGAGGCAACCGAUGGUCGGGUAAUACACGCUCAGUAGCGCUCUGACACCGGUCGUGAGCACGCGUGCCGGCUUAGUUGGUAGUUGGCUGUUCUUUAUGAUUCCAUGCUAAAAAAUUUGCCGCGUGUGCCAGUGCGAUGUAAUCAAUACACAAGGGUACUUCAUAGUGAUGCUGAGAGAUUAAUUCUUGGGUGGCUUCGAUCCACAGUCAGCUGUUGUGCGCAAGAGAUCUCCGCAGCAUCCAAUUAGAUUCGAUUCAGUGCUAUCACAGGGUAUCUCUAGCAAUUGAUAAGGAUGUCUUGCGCAUAUCGCGGAGCGACAAUGGUCGCGCGCAAUCGAAAUAGUUGGGGCCCGGUGACCACAUCGCCGACGACAUUCCACCGAAUGGAACCGCCCGACGAGGAGUACGCUGAAGAAUACACCGAGCGUAUGAUGUCUGCGCAAAUGCGACAAUUGGAUCCACUUAAAGAGGAUUUAGCCGAGUGGAUUAAUAAAACAUUAGGAAUCGAUUACGUUAGUAGGGACAACUUUCUUCAGGAACUUGACAAUGGAGUCAUUCUAUGCCAUCUCGCACAAAUUAUCGCCGAGCGAGCACAGUUUGCAAUCGAAAUGGGCACCUACAAAGGGCGGGUACCUACCAUUCGUGGCAAGUGUUUCGAGAAAGCAAUGCGACGAAGUUUCUUUUCCCGCGACAACAUGGAGAACUUUAUAAAAUUCUGUCGUUCCCUUGGCGUUCAUGAUAAUUUAUUAUUUGAAAGUGAUGAUCUGGUGCUGCAUAAUCAGCCGCGGAAUGUGAUCCUUUGUUUAUUGGAAGUGGCCCGCAUCGCGACACGAUUUGGCGUUGAACCACCAGGUCUAGUUCAGUUGGAAAAAGAAAUUGCCGAGGAAGAACGAGAACAGUCUGCUGAUUCCGGUUUGAGUUCUCUAUUAUCUUGGCAAUUCCAAGCGUCUAGUCCACCUUGUGAGUCCAAAAUGCGCAUAAGUAAUUCCGCAUCCGCCAUUUCGUCGUACGCGCAUUGGGACGGGCCCCAAAUGGUGCUCCUACCGGAAGAUCCCAGCGCGAGUGGAGACAAUCUCAAGCAUAUCUUACAAAGCGGCGCCAGUGACGGAGUACCCAGUGAUAACACUGAAGAUGAAUGGUCACGAGGCAGCGGCGAAGAUCCCGAUCUGGAUAUUGACGCAACUUCAGCGCCGGAAGUGCGCCGUGGGGAACCGGUUACAGAAUUAGACCGAAAGGUCCAACAGGCUACUAGACUCAUGCAGAAGAACUGCAAUUGUUCCUCUGGAAAGUGUUCCAAGUUGGCGGUGAAGAAGGUCGGCGAGGGGAAGUAUAAUAUUGCUGGUCGAAAUGUUUUUGUGCGCUUGUUGAAAGGACGUCACAUGAUGGUGCGCGUAGGUGGCGGCUGGGACACGCUCGACCACUUCCUUCUUCGACAUGAUCCAUGCCAGGUGAAAGUCGUAUCUAGGGUUAGCAAAGACCUGUUAGAAAACGAACGCACGCCGGCAACUGCUUCCAAGUACUUGCACAUUCGUGCCAAAUAUCGUAGUCCUCCACCGCUGCGUGAGCCAAUCACGCGCUAAGUUUAUUUUCUUUCAUUUUUAUAUUUAAUCGUACUUUCUUAACAUAUUUAUAAAUAUUUACCAAACAGUUCAAAGCUUAAGAAGAACCAAUUUAUUUACUUUAAUUAUUAUUAUUUCGAUUUGUGUAGUAUCUACACGGCAACAUUGACUAUCUAAAAAUUGAAUCAAUUAGUAACUUGUAGUCAUUAGAUACACUACUCUUUGUAUAUAUAUUUUUAUACAAGUAUCUUAAUAUUAUAAUCGAUUCUGAUAAAAA